AUGAUCAGUACACUGUUUCAAGCACAGCGACAGCUAUCAUCGUUAUCGCGCAUAACCGUCAUGGCGCUGAUGACAGUAUCUGGCAUACUUAUCAUCCUCAACUUGACAGAAACGCCUCUCCCAGCCCUUCCAAAAAUCACGCUUCACUACGCCAACCAGUCCAUAUACAACGAGUCCAAAGUCGCUCUUCUCAUAGAGAACAGACCGCAACCCAUCAUCGCCCCUCUGAUUCUAAUGUUCGUGUACCAAAUGCCACCAGACUGGAAAUUCCGCUUCAUGGGCUCCAAAAAAUCAGUAGCCCAUAUGAACUCAUCCGCCGCUAUGCGCGAGCACGUCAAGUCUGGUAAACUGGAUUUGACAUAUAUCCCCUCAAAUAUGAGCACUGCCGGACAAGAGAUGAUAUCUCGCUUCUUGACGAAUUUAUGGCUGUAUGAUACUGUGCUGCAGCCAGCUGAGAUGCUGCUCGUCUUCCAGACGGACUCGAUACUCUGCGCGAACAAUAAACGCACGAUCGAUGAGUUCCUUGGGUAUGACUAUGUCGGGGCACCAUGGGACACACGAGGUCUUUAUGGUGGGAACGGAGGACUGUCGAUCCGUCGAGUAAGCAGUAUCAUCAGCAUCCUACAGAACCAACAGCGCGCCAACGACAGCGAUCCCGAGGAUGUAUGGCUCUCAACGCGCCUUGGACAUCACAUCGAUGGUCGUGUCGCCAACGGCUCUGUAUCUCAGCUUUUCUCAGGUGAGAUGAAUGGAGGGCCUGGAGAGAUAAUGGAGCAGCCAGGACGACCGGAUCAGUGGGUGAAGGGUAUUGAUGAUUGGAGGGAUAGGUUUUAUGAGCCUAUGGGUUAUCAUAUUGGUGGAACAGGAUGGAUUCAUGGUAGUAUAUGGGGGACGAAGAAGAAACGGGAGCAUAUUUACUCUUAUUGUCCGGAGGCCAAGAUGGUGCUGGAGAUGGAUUGGGCUCCGUUUGUUCCAGGGGAUUGUGCGAAGGAUUGGUAG